CGCAACGCACGAGGAGGCAAGUGUCACCAUGAUCAGCCUUAUAUGGGGUGGAUCUAAAACUGCGAUGCGGCUUUAAUCAUAACUGCAAGAUGAAGACGUGAACAUACGGCGUUGCACUUCAUCAUCACAGACUUCCUUCGUUAUUCCGAAAACUUUACGCUGCACGAUACCUCACCACCGCACGGCCAGACUGCCUGCUGCUCCCAGGCGGGUAGGCAGAGGCUGGAAGGGGAAGCACAUAUAUUUUCUACUAUUAAUAAUAAGCAACAAAAUGAAGCGGAGAAAAAUGGUGGUCGCGGCGGGCUUCUGUUUUUCAUUGUUCGUGGGCACGUUGAUGAAUUUAUUGUUUAUCCCGGGAUUCGAGCACCACGGCGAACGGGCGCAUCGCUACUACUACGAAAAGCAGCAGCCCGGAGGAGAAGCGUCUACCCGGCUUCAAGGCGAUGCCUCGACACCCGCUGAAUCAAAGCUCGAUACCACGGCCACCGCCGGACGACUUCCAGAUCUCCAGAUGCAGAUACGCGAGAGAUUGGACGAGGUGCUGCGCUAUCGCCGGAGACGCGCGCACUGGGUCGCCAACGGAGACGCCGCUCGACCGCUGGAGCGCAGGCGACUCAUGGACCUGGAGCAGGAUAACAACUGGGAAUCAUACAAAGAAAUUGGGAAAAGCGGUAAUGAUGAAAACGCGGUCCGUCGGUCUCAGUCUUCUCCAGGUGUAUCUACAGUAACAAAGGGGCACCGGGAGUCUCCGCAUGACCCGAUGCUCGGAUGCAGCAGUAUUGAUAAUGUGACUAAUGUUCAUUAUCUGGGAUCCGGAUACACAAAAGCGGUGUAUAAGGCGGCUUUGAACAGCAGCUUCUCAGUUGCGUUAAAAUCGGUGGAUUUCGGAGGUCACGACAUGGAGAAUUGUGUGAAGAAAUACGGAUCGUCAAAAGACUGUUACAAAUUAGCUUCCUUUAAAAUCGUUAAAGAAAUGACAUUGAUGGAGAGACUACAGCACCCAAAUAUUCUCAAGCUGUAUGGCCACUGCUACCAGGACAGCAAUGAUAUAAAGGACACGGUGACGGCCAUCACAGAGCUCGGCAGCCCUCUGGAGAUGAUUCAGUUACUGCAGACGCCCUGGGAGGAAAGAUUCAGAAUCUGUUUGAGUCUGAUGAGGCUGCUACAUUACCUAUCUCGCUCCCCACUCGGGUCCGUCACGCUGCUAGACUUCAGGCCUCGGCAGUUCGUGCUGGUGGAGGGAGUGUUAAAAGUGACCGACCUGGACGACGCCAGUGUUGAGGAGACGCCUUGUUCACCCACAUCUCCCUCCGACUGCCUCCUGGAGUUCCCUGCUCGCAACUUCACCCUUCCCUCACAAGGGCGCUGUCAGGAAAUUAAUGAGAAGAGAAACCUCUACAACGCUUACAGAUUUUUCUUCACAUACUUGUUACCUCACAGAGCACCCACAGCACUACGGCCCCUUCUGGACAAAAUUGUCAACUCAACAGGAGAACUGAUUUGGGGCAUAGAGGUGACUCUGGUUCAUCUUGAGAAAGUAUUGGAUAUGUAUAAGAAUGGACUUUACCUCAAAAAUGACACACAGAGACACAAAACAGAGUACAAACGCAUUUCAGAUGCUUCAAUAGCAGGGGAGAACUACCGCUGCUGGCCUUCCUAUCAGCAUGAUGGAUGCAUGCUGUCAGUCUUUAGCGUCGUUGAAGCUAUUGACGUGUGUGAGAGCCACGCCCAGUGCCGAGCCUUUAUCAUGACCAAUCAGCGCACUUGGACAGGACAUCAGCUUGUGCUCUUCAAAACCGGUGCGGCAGGCAUGACAGAAGCCUUAGGCAAACUCACUUACGUACGGCUUGGAACAUCUGGGACCUGAGACCUAAAGCUGGGUCAUACAUCACCUGAGGACGCUCCGAGGAGCCUCAAAGCAUCUCUCAGGAAGUUCAGUUUUCUCUCUGAAACAAACUCAGGCAGAGGUCAGAGCCGAGCAAAGUGCAAUUCUGCCUCUCUGAACCUGGGAUUGGACGUCCGGUCCCCUCCCUGAGACUGUGAAUGGGUUCUUAUGUCUGGCAAAGAUGCACAGAGUGGUAUUUUGUGCUUGUAGUGGCAAGACACAAGAUAAAGUUAGGGUUUAAAAGUGCACGUGUGUGUAUUUAAUGAGAUCUCCUGUCAAUAUCUCACUGUCACUUUUAUUCUCUCAAUCUUUCAUUCAUGUUUUCCUGAUGUUCCUGCCAACUCAAAAUCGUCCUUUAUUCUUCAGUCUUUUAUUCAGCACUUUUAUGUGAAACAGGGUGUAUUUGCAGAGCUUUUAAAAGCCUUUUAUUUUGAUUUUUUAUUAAUAUUCUUUUGUAAUUUAAAUGCUUGUGUACACAAGUUUUUUCAUCGACCUGCGCGUCCAAAAGUUUACUAGCUUAAACAAGUUAUUUAUUAGUAUAUUGAAUGUAAAUGCCUCUUUUUUCAAAUUACAAAUUUUUGUUUUUCAGUUUUUUUGAUUGUUGAGAUAUGCUAGAGAAAUCAAAGAAACACAAUUGUCAUCAACCAUGUUAUGUUUGAUUUGUAAUGCGUUUAAUGACAGAAUAUAAUGACAGGGUAAACUCAGUUGUAGAUGAUGGAAGACGUUGGUUAGUCGAUCAGUCCUCUUGUGCUGUCAUUGUGAAAGUUUCCCAGGGAAAUGUCUUUUUACUACAUGAAAGGUGAAGGAGUUUUCUGCUUUCAGAGAAAGCAAUAAGAUAAUAUGUAUGUUUUCUUAAGAGUCUUGUUGUAUAUAUGAAAUUGGUGCUAAUGAGAGUAAUAUUUUUAUAUAGAAACAUAAAAUCUUGUGAAUUAAAA